AUGCAGCGUGCUGGAGUUGCAGAGAGGCUGCGAAGCCCGUAUACAGACCAAAAGGCUUACAGCACAGCCAUCACCAAGUUUGCCAAGCGCAGUGACUGGCAGGGGGCCAUCUCUGUGUUGGCAGAGUUGGCAAGCGCGAAGUCCGUUCCAAAUGUAUUUACCUGCACCGCAGCUAUAAAUGCUUGUGGCGCAUCUGGACAUUGGCAAAAUGCGCUGCAUCUGUUGUGUGAGUUUAGAGCCAGCUCUGGACAAGCCAACGUUAUCACAUACGGAUCUGCGAUAAAGGCUUGUGCCAACGGGAAGGAAUGGCAUCGUUCCCUUUUGUUGCUGCGGGACCUUCAAGACGAAGGGCUUGAGACCAAUGUGAUCCUCUUCAGCUCCGCGAUAUCCGCAUGUGAGAGGGCAGGAGAAUGGCGGCAUGCGCUCGAUCUCUUGAGCGAGCUGCGGCACACUGCCGCCGAAUCCAAUGUCAUCUUGUACAAUGCAACGCUGAGUUCGCUAAAGCACGCUGGUGAAUGGGAGCACGCGCUGCUUCUCCUGGCAGCCCUAGACCUUCGCACGACUCGCGCGGACGUUGUUACAUAUGGGUCGGCAGUUGCGACAUGUGAGCUUCAGGGGAAUUGGCGUGAAGCUCAAGCGGUACUAGAAUCGUCCGACCAUAUUCCUCCCGACAAAAUGACAUGCAACGCAAUCUUGCGAGCGUGUGUCCACGGUCAGGAUUGGGGAAGAGCCUUGCAGUGUGUUCGAGACUUGGAGCGCAACAUGACAGCCCAGACCGUGGAUUACAGCAUGGCUAUAAGUGUCUGUGAGAGGUGCGAGCAAUGGGAACAGGCGCUGCUGUUGCUGCAUAAAAUCUUGGAUUUAGGGACUUGCAGAGACGAAGCCGCUGUCGCCUCGAUAAGUGCGGCUAUCAGUGCGUGUGCGCGAAGUGGCCAGUGGGAAUGGGCAAUCCGCUUAUUGGAAGAGGCCGAAUCCGUUCGGAUACAGGCAGACAUCAUAACUUGGAAUUCUGCAGUCAGCGCCUGCGAGAAGGGAGGAGAGAUGUGGCAAGCACAUCGGUUGCUACAUGAGGCGACCGAGAAAGAGCUGCAAAUCAAUGCAAUUACGUACAAUGCUGCAAUUACUUCUUGUUGGGACAGAUGGCAGGAGGCUCAAGUCCUCGUGAGUGAGAUGCAAGACUUGAGUAUCCUUCCCAACACGAUAACUUACAAUGCCGUGAUCGCUGCUCAUGAGAAGGGUGGACAAUGGCAGCGGGCUCAGCUGUGGUUGCAAACUAUGAAGGUGGCCAGACUGCAAACCGACAUCAUUUCGUACAACUCAGUGAUCAGCUCCUGUGUGGGCCCUGGGCUGUGGCAAGAGGCCUUACGACUGUUGCGAGAACUCGAACAGCGGGAGCUGCAGGCCAGCAUCGUCACAUAUAGCUCUGCGAUUGCUGUAUGUGAGAAAAGUGGGAAUUGGCAAAUGGCUUUGGCACUCCUUCAAACGCUGCAGCGCCGACGUGUCCAGGCAAAUGUUGUGGCCUACAACGCCGCCAUUGCUUCCUGCAGAUCGAGUGGUACUGGUGGACAGUGGCAGCAGGCAGAAGGAAAUACCAUCACCUUCAGUGUCCUAGUUACUGCUGUGGGGGAGGAUGGACAGUGGCAGCAGACAGUUCUGUUGCUGCGAGAGCUUGAAGGCCAAGGGUUGGAAGCGACGUCGAACAUUUUUGCCUCAGCUAUCGUGACCUUCGACCAGCACGGAAGGUGGCACGAAGCAAUUCGCGGCUUUAACUUGGCAAAUCGUUGUAGCUACAGGGAGUUGGCUUUUGUCAGCAAAGGAAUGGAAAAGACUGGUGGCACAACCUUUCAGAUGAGCUUUGUACGAGUUGUGGAGACUUUGCUCGUGAAGACAGCUGCAACUCAUUCUGCAACCGUACAGGAUGACGUUUUCUUCCACCUCGAGGAUGGCCGCCUUCAGCUCUGCGUCAACCGCUGCUUCGCCAAGACGGUCAGCAUCCUGCGUUUUCACUACGGUGGCGCUGAGGUCUUGGAUCAGGACGGCUGGGCGGCCAAAGUGCCACCUGCGCUCUUCCCUUCUUUGGCAACGAAGCUGCGACGCCUGGCGGCAGCAGCCCAGGUGCCUGUCUUUGUGAUUCAGGGCCCUCCGGCGACCAGAAUGGUGACUGGGUCAGAACAGGGACGAUGGUCACCGUGGCUGUCUGAACACACAGCUUCUGGAAAGGUCGCAGCGGCUGUGCUGCGUUUUCCGGCCGGCUCGGGCGACUUCGUCGUUGGGAUGGAGAGGAGCGCGCUCGAGCACCUCUCGCUCUGGCCUCCAGGAGCGCCUGCAGGCAGCAAGGCUGCAACGGAGCUUUCUGCGAGUGGGCAGUUCAGGAUGCGCGGGGCUCUUUCUGGGCGAGGCCUUCGCGAAGUGCGCACCGGAGGCGCAACAGAGCACCGCGUUAGGGCUCCUUGCUGCGGCCGCGAGCUGGGCUGUGGGCAGGGCCGCUGUUUCGGUCGCAGUGCUGGAGGAACGGCAGAUGCCGCAUCUGCCGCAUCUGCUCCUUCCUCUUUCGCGCUUCCGAGCUCUGUGCACGAGGGCUGCCUGGAGGGCCACGCUCUGGCCAGCGUCCUGCCGCACGCGGCCGUGGCCCCGGCCGUCCUUUUGCCAGGCGCAUGCAGGGUGUGCGCGGUUGCUGCGACACUCUUGCGACUCCCUUCGUAG